CCUUCUCCAAGAUGGCGGACGGGGAGACGCCGCUCCUCCAGUGCCGGAGUGGCGGCCGCGGCAACAGCAGCGACGCUGUGUCAGGCGCCUCGGAGAGCCCGGAGCCAGCUGUGAAGCGUCAACGCCGGGGCUCCACUGACAGCGCCGGCCGGGCCUGUGCGGCCGCGAAGGAAGCCGGCGGAGAGGCGGAGGCGCCUCUUUACAUAGGAAGCGCCGCCGAGGAGGCCCUGGCGGAGGAGGAAGAGGUCGCUGCUGCUGCUUCCUCUGGCAACAGCGAGCCGGGAGAGGCCUCGGCAGCGGUGGGAGAAAGAGGAGAAGAGGAAGACUGGAGCUGCACGGGCGCUGGGCUGAGGCGGUGGGGCCUGGCCCGAGAGGAGCCGCCGCCGCCGCAGCAGCCACUACUGCAGCAGUCGCCGCCGCCGCCGCUGCUGCCGAGGUGGUGGCCGAGCCAAGGGGAGGGAGCAGAGGCGGCGCCCGCCGGAGACGCGGCGGAGGCGGCCAUUGGCUGCGGGGCGGCGCAGUGUUCGAACGGCGCUGCGGAGGCGGCCGCGCGCCCAGACAAUAUGUUUUUUAGUGAUGAAAUAAUUGCAAACGGCUUCCAUUCCUGUGAGAGUGAUGAAGAUGAUAGAGCCUCUCAUGCAAGCUCCAGUGAUUGGACUCCGAGGCCACGUAUAGGCCCAUACACUUUUGUCCAACAACAUCUCAUGCUAGGCACAGAUCCACGUGCAAUUCUGAAAGACUUGUUGCCAGAAACUAUUCCUCCUCCUGAACUUGAUGACAUGACGUUAUGGCAAAUUGUUAUUAAUAUCCUGUCAGAACCACCUAAAAGAAAAAAGAGAAAAGAUAUUAAUACUAUAGAGGAUGCUGUGAAACUACUACAAGAGUGCAAAAAAAUAAUUGUCUUAACAGGAGCUGGGGUAUCUGUUUCUUGUGGAAUCCCUGACUUCAGAUCAAGAGAUGGUAUCUAUGCACGCCUUGCAGUAGAUUUCCCAGAUCUUCCUGAUCCUCAAGCAAUGUUUGAUAUUGAUUACUUCAGGAAAGAUCCAAGGCCAUUUUUUAAGUUUGCAAAGGAAAUAUAUCCUGGACAGUUUCAACCAUCUCUCUGUCAUAAAUUUAUAGCUUUGAUGGAUAAAGAAAAAAAACUGCUUCGCAAUUAUACUCAGAACAUAGAUACACUGGAACAAGUGGCAGGAAUUCAAAGGAUAAUCCAAUGUCAUGGUUCCUUUGCAACAGCUUCUUGCCUCAUCUGUAAAUACAAAGUUGAUUGUGAAGUUGUUCGAGGAGACAUUUUCAAUCAGGUUGUUCCUAGAUGUCCCAGGUGUUCACCUGAUGAACCACUUGCCAUCAUGAAGCCGGAAAUAGUGUUCUUUGGUGAAAAUCUACCUGAGCAGUUUCAUAGGGCCAUGAAGUAUGACAAAGAUGAGGUUGAUCUUCUCAUUGUUAUCGGGUCUUCACUUAAAGUAAGACCAGUUGCAUUAAUUCCAAGUUCUAUCCCACAUGAAGUGCCUCAGAUUCUAAUUAAUAGGGAACCAUUGCCUCAUCUACACUUCGACGUGGAGCUUCUUGGUGACUGUGAUGUCAUUAUAAAUGAAUUAUGUCAUAGAUUAGGUGGUGAAUAUACAAAACUUUGUAGCAAUUCAGUCAAACUUUCAGAGAUAACAGAGAAGCCUCCCAGACCGCACAAAGAAUUUGAAAUACAUUCAGCUGAAUUACCACCUACUCCUCUAAACAUUUCUGAAUAUUCUAGUUCACCUGAAAGAAUUGCACCACAACAUUCUCAGGUGGUACGUUCAGAGCAAUCUUCUGAAUAUAAAGCAGGAAAUUCUGAUGCUUCCUUGGAGUCUAAAGAGAACUGCGUAGAAGAAAAAAUUCAAGAAGUUCAAAACUCUUUAGAGAAUGUUGAAAGUCUUUCUGACCAUCUAGAAAACCCAGAACAUGUGAAGGAAAAUGGAUCUAACCAAGAGGAAAACAAAGAGAGAAGUGAAAAAACAUCUGUUGAAACACUGAGAAAAUGUUGGGUUAAUAGAUGUGCAAAAGAGCAGAUUUGCAAGCGGCUUGAUGGUACCCAAUACUUGUUUUUACCACCAAAUCGCUAUAUUUUCCAUGGUGCUGAGGUAUACUCGGACUCUGAAGAUGAUGUCAUAUCCUCCAGCUCUUGUGGAAGUAGCAGCGAUAGUGGGUCCUGUCAUAGUCCAAGCUUAGACAUAGAAGACGAAAGUGAAAUUGAAGAGUUCUAUAACGGUAUAGAAGAAGAAGAUCCUCCUGAGAGAGAAGAGGAGAAUGGAUAUGGAGAAGAUGGAAUUGAGCUUCAGGAAUCUGAGUCUGUCUCGGUAAACGAAGCUGUAGGAUUUGACCAUUCGACAGACAAACUAUAAAGUAAUUACUGACUGGUUUCAGGAACUUUCCCACCAGCAUUAGCAGUUUUGGCAUGUUGAAAUGAAUGUGUACUGAAUUUAGAGCAAGGAAAAUAUAAGGAUGUAAUGUUUAUAAGCAACUAGAAUAGAUUUUCAUGCAUAGUUUUCUAACUUUUCCAAUUAAAUUCUAUAAAGGCACACUCAACACUAAUCUUUUUGAAUUUUGAAGGUACUAGGUAUCUUUUUACUGUCACUCAUUCAUUUUUAUUAAGUUUAAUCUGUGUGAGCUGUGUGUGUGUGUACAUAUACAGUAUUUUUGCUUAACAAAUUUCAACCUUUUUUUUUGAACCAUUUUGAAAAAGCCAUUGGAAUGUUAAUAUAAUAUAAAGGGAACAGCUAAUCUAGACCAAAGAAUGGUAUUUUCACGCCUCUUGCUUUGUAAUACUUUGAUUUAUUCUCCCCCCCCCCAGCUCUGUUGCUGCAUAAUCUGUUUAACACUGAUAGUUCCCCAAAAAUUAGUAUGGCAGCUAUGUUUCUUAACAUUAGUCUUCAUGUUGAAAUGCAUGUGAGCAUAUUGGAAAUUACGCAUUAUAGUGAAUACUUGGAAAUCCCUGACUACUUUGAUUAUUAAAAAGUGCUACUGCAAAACAAAAAUCUUCCUGUGGAUAUGUAAUAGUGCCUAUUGGCUUGCAAAAUUUUAGCAAAAUGGUGUUCAGUUAAAUAGUAACUCAUUAAACUUUUUUGUGACACACAAAGGGUAGGUAGAACAGGAAGUCAGUAUACAAAGCUAGCACUUAAUGUAUAAAAUCUUUUGUGAAUGCUGCCAAAAUGUGAAUAUGUAAAUGUACUGAAGGUGUGUAUAUAAUAUUCAGGAUAUGGGAGCAGGCUUCAAAAGAGCUUCUGUAUUCAACACAAACCCUUAAAAGCGGAAACUUAAGCUUCCAAUAUAGAACAGAAAGUUCAGUUUAAGCAUAAGUUUAAAAUAUGCUGUUUGAGGACAGGCUUCUGUUUUGGAUAACUUAAUACCACAUGUUGGUACUGUGUUAUACAAAAAGCAGCUACAGAAAUUGGCCACAACGCUGCUUCUUCAAGGCUGCCUUCUAAAAGUGGAUGUCACACAUACUUCCAGCUGCAGAUUGUUUCCAUCUUCCACAUUGUGUUUCUUCACCCUGUAUUUAAUAGUAAGUUUUAUGUUUAUUCUUGAAACCACUUUUCAACCGUAUCCCAAGAGAGCUCUGCCAGUUAUUGAUCAUUCAUGUACAUUGCUUUAAUAUUUAUUCCAUUUUGAAAUAUGUAAAGUGGUUGUCCUUUUUAAGCAAUUAAUACAUCUGUUCCGUAACAAUAGCAUAAAAAAGUGUUAAGAAUGGCCUCCUGUGUUCAUCUGAAAAACAUUGGCAUGUUUUCUCAUGGUCCAGGUUCUAAAUAGCAGAACCUGCUAGACUACACUAAAGAAUGCAAUAUGUUUAGCUUUGCUUGCAUGUCAAAAUGUAUUUGUGCUAUAGGAGAUAUUUUAAAAUGAAAAUAUUUUGUUUUUAAAUUAUUUUUACAGUGUGGAUUAUUUUAUGCUUUUAUAUUGUAUAUAGUGUCUUUUAUGUAACCAACUGGCAAAUGUUUUGUAGAAGACUGUUUUAAAAUGAUCUGGCUCUCUUCCUGCAACUUUUGAAAUACAAAACCAGUGUUUUAUACUCGUA